AUGGACGUCGAUGCGGCCACGACCGCCAGCGGCGCCACAGGGGACACCGCACCGGCCAACGCCAGCAGCCACAGCAGCCACCGCAGCCACCACGCCGCCCAGAAGAGGUUCGAUGUCAAAAAGGUGCAUCAGACAGAACAUCGCUUCGCUCUGGCGUGCAGGAGCUCACUUUCGGAUUUGCAACUGGCUGUCGCAGUGGAACGCGGUCGCGCUCUGGGCAUGGGGUCAGUCACCGUACACGACCCGAUCUGCGAGCUCAUCCACCCGUCUCUGACUCGUGGGGGUGUAUCCGUGCACCCACAGACAUCCAGGUCGACAACUGUACGUGGCAUGCAACUUGGUCGCUCCUUCAGUAGGCUCGCGUCCCCCCCUCCCCCCCACCCGCGACCGCCCUUUCGACUCGAGGCCCAUGACGGCGACAGCCCUCGGCGUCGCUGGCUCUGAUCACGUUCGAGGCUCUGACACGCUGGUUCUGCUUCACAGGUGCAAUUUGCCGCAACCACAUCAUGGACCUUUGUGCGUCUCGGGCUGUGACGGUUGCUUGAUGAGCAUCGCUCGGGACUGACGGCUGCUCCGUUUCUCUUCCUCUCGGCCAUCAGGCAUCGACUGUCAAGCGAACCAAGCUAGUGCAACCUCGGACGAGUGCAAGUGCAUUGAGAGCACGCUCGAAAGCGACAAAGGCCAUUCACUGACUCCCAAGUCUCCUCCCAACUCAGGUACUGUCGCAUGGGGGAUUUGCAACGUGAGCGAAACGGACCGAAAACCUGCACAUCGACUGAAAGGCUGACGCGAUGACCCCAUCCCAACAGCACGCCUUCCACUUCCACUGCAUCAGUCGUUGGCUCAAGACGCGGCAGGUGUGCCCGCUUGACAACCGGUGCGUCCUUGUCCACGGCAUCGUUCCCAGAUAGGCCGGCUUCGCUUACCUCAUCAUGCUCGCCCAUCCGCAGAGAAUGGGAGCUGCAAAAAUACGGUCGAUAG